AUGGAUUCAAAAGUUAAGAUAGCUUUGGACCAAAACGACAUCACUGUUGAAGGUCCAAAAGGUACUCUCAACUGGACAAUUCCGGCAGGCAUAGCAGUCAGUUUAGAAGAUGAAUUCAUCACGAUUAAUAGAUUAACAAACCAGAAAUCACACAAGUCGUUACACGGACUGACACGGAGCCUCAUUGCCAAUAUGGUAACAGGUGUGACCGAAGGUUUUGAAAAAAAACUCACCCUCGUUGGCGUUGGAUAUCGUGCGGAAAUAGACCGCCAGAACCGUCUGGUCUUAAAUGUCGGGUAUUCUCACUCAGUAACCUAUGCGCCUCCUGAGGGUGUAACUCUGAGUGUAGGUGAUUCCGAAACUGUUGGAGGCCAACCUCACACGCCAAUAACGGUGAGCGGUAUUGACAAAGGAAUUGUUGGUCAGGUUGCUGCUUCAAUCCGUCAAAUCAAGAAACCCGAAGUCUACCAACCUUCCAAAGGGCUCCGUUACGAAGGUGAACGCGUCCGUAUGAAGGAAGGAACCACCAUCCCCCAUGAAAUCGUUGGGAAAUAUGGCGGCGCAAAGAUUCUGCUCAAGCCGGCCAGUCCCGGUACUGGGAUUAUCGCCGGCCCCGGAACGAGAGUCAUUUUGGAGUUUGCUGGGGUGCAAGAUGUACUGACCAAACGACUCGGCUCUCGAAACGUAAAAAAUACAGCCGAAGCCACCAUAGAAGCCCUAAAAGGUCUCAAGAACGUCAACGACGUGGCUCGUCUUCGUGGAAAAACAGUCGACGAACUGUUCGACUAA